AUCAUCUCGUGGUCGGUCACAUUUGCCUAUCACACGAUUCAGGUGUUCGCCGAAAUUUUCAGAAGAACGAUGCUGAAGGAGAUAAAAAGCAGACGACUGGAGUUCAUUUGACCGGUUCAUUUAUGAAAUUUCAAUAGUUAUCAAAAGCUGCAUGCUUUUGAAGGCAUCCCAUGCUGGCCAUGGAUCAACAAAACAUGUCCCUUGAAGAACAGGACGACACAAAUACCGGCCUGAAUAUCCUAUCUUUGGCGGUCAUCGAAAGGAGUGAGUUGUCGAAAGAGAAAAAACCUCAAUGGCGAGGGAUUAAGGGUAACAACAUUAGCAAAAAGAAUGGGAAGCAAACAAUAUCACAUCGACACAUUGAGAAACGCAGAAGAGACAGAAUAAAUAAUACACUUUGGAUGCUAAAAGAUAUUGUUCCUGCUGCAAAACUUAAGUAUGCGAGUGGCUCAGGGCGCCUUGAAAAAGCAGAUUUGUUAGAGAUGACGGUCCACCACCUGAAGAACGUCCAUCGAAGCUUGGCAAAAGUUGCUGAAAAGCAGGGCGAGAGUUUAUCAUCUAAAAACAGUUCAGCUUUAAACGAAGUUUACUGUAACGGCUUUAAAGACGGUAUUGUUCAUAUUCUGAAUGAGCUGAAGAAAAUGAAUCUAUUAACACCGACUCAAACAGAGAGAUUGUUAAAAGAGCAGUCAAAGCAAAACGAGGCAAAGGCUUUUCAGAAAGAGUUUAGCUUCUCGGAGAAUGAAGACGACACCAACAACAUUGCAAGGGAAGCAACUGAAUUUGAAGAAGAUAUAAACAGAUGCGUUACAGACAUGAAUAUUCCAGCCACUGAUACAGUUGAAGAGGUCACCAAAUAUCAAGUAUCAAUCAAAGCCGAGAGCUCCAGCCCAGACCUGUCCCCGCCUGUUAGUCCAGGAGAAAAAAUAUGCGAGCAAACGUCGCCGGAGAUUAAAAACCCGGUACCAGAUGCUGAUCCAAAGUCGGUUCCUUGCAUUCCCAGAGCUGAGUCAUUGUUUAAGAACAUGUCAAUUCCUGCUGAUAGUGGCUAUAAUUGUCCGGUGCUUGUUCCUGCCUACGCUUUGCAUGCUUCUGGGACACAUUAUGUUCCCGUAUUGCUACCGCCUACAUCCCUUUUUCCAACUAAUUCGCAAUGUGGCAAAGCAGAGGGUAGUGUAUUGAGUUGAUCCACUGGAGAGUUCUCGAGGAGCCGUAUUGAUGGGCGAGCUGCUCUCUUUAUCAAUUCAUUUUUGAAAGAAGGCGUUGUUCUGGAUUUUUAUGUGGGUUUCUUUAUCUUAGAUGUAAAUCGUUGUAAGGAGCUGAACAAUGAUUUAGAUUUUCUUAGAUUUCCUUUAAUUUGCCCUUUUACAAGCAAGCCGAGAGUCGUAUAACUCUCUGUACUGCUCAAUAUUGUAUAUAGUAAGUUCUUUUGUCUAACUAAAAAUUAAAUCUAACAAGAUUUAUGUCUCUAUGUACGGAAUGAGUACAGACAGCGAGAUUAAGAGUUUUUAGGUUAUCAAACUUCAGUUGUCUUAUGAGUAAAUACCCAAAAUGAAAAUGGUUGCACUGCCUUUUUUCUAAGAUUGAUUUAGGUUAACUCAUGGGUUGAGAUCCAUUUAUCCAGGGUGAAACUUCAGCUAUAAUCUCUCACCUUCAAAUACCGGACACCUACAGACAACGGACAUGUGUUUUUACCCAGACUUUAACUCUGCUUUCAAACCUUGUACGAAAACCAUAGACAGUAUCUCCGCACAAUGGGACGUAACAAGGGGCCACAGUUUGGAGAUUUUAAUUUAUUUUGCAUUCUGCAUUUUGAAGAUCAUUUCUCAUAGGAAGUAUUUAUUUUAUUUUAUCAUUAAGUAAAGUAUUUUAUUAUUCUAGGUUGGGUGCACUUUAGCUUGUUUUUAGGUAUUUAUUCUCACAGUAAUAUGUCAUAGAUAUUGAUGCUUUUAAUAAUUCAUGUAGCAUAUAAUUAGCUUGUAUAGUUAUCAUCAAGUUAUAAUGUAGAUAUAUCUCCUUCUCAUACAGAA